UCUUUAUAAUGGCAAACAAAUCAUAGGAGGCCAAAUAAAAAAAUAAAAUAAAAUUGGAUUUUUUUUGUUAAAGAGUGUUUUGGUUUUGGUUUCUGAAGCGCAGAAAAGAGUACAGCAAUGCAAAAUACACCCUCAUCCUCUCUUCUCUUCGACUGUCAUCUCUUUCCUUUCGAUCUCUCUGAUUCUCUUUAUGUGGUAGCAACGACAAUGGUGGCAAGUGGGUUCAACAUUGGUUGUUGUAGGCUGGAGGGUGUACCUCAUUGGUGGUCUCACAACAAGGGUAGAAAGGUUGCUUUGUUUUGACAUGUGUGUAAGCUUCUGAAGAAUUACAGUAGGAAUAAUCUAUGCCUGGAAACGAAGUUGGUGACAGGGUCCACAAUUUCUUCGAUCAAGGUAGCUUGUCACAGGACCAACAUCAUACACAAGUUGCGUCAAAUUGGCCAUUGUUUAAUAACAAUAUAUGGAGUGGAAGCGAGGCUGUAAAUUCUGGUUCUGAGAAUUACAGUGCACAACAAUCAGACGUAGAGAGGGGUCAAGGCCAUCAGUUCUCAUUGGGUCCUCAUGGGUUGAACUUCACUCGGCCAGGUUCAAGACCUGAAUCUGUGAAAGGUUCAUCACAGAUUCAGCAGUUGAAUAUGAAUGGAUAUAUGCAUCCAUCUCAAGUUGGCCAUCCAAGGCAGAAUGAGGCUAAUUUUCUGGGUGUGAACACAGAACCUGAUCGACACAAUAUGAUGACAAGGAAUCCCUCAGUUCUUGAAUCACAUCAGAGGAGUGGUUCACAUCAGUCUAACUCUGGAAGUUUUGGAGGCUCAGAGUCACCGAUGAAUUUCAAUUUUCUUGGUGGCCAACAGCAUAUGAAUGGCCAGCAAACAGAAAUCCUGCAGUCAUUAUCUCGGCAACAGCCUGGUAAUAAUGAUACCCAAUUGCAGCAGCAACUCAUGCUGAAACAGAUGCAAGAGCUACAGAGGCAUCAUCAGCUUCAACAAUCGGAAGCAAUACAAAGAAGUGCAACAAACCAUAUUUCUCCCUUUAUAAAUCAGGCGGCAGGGCAGCAUCAAUCUGCUGUUAAUGGCAAUCCUAUGCGCGAUACAUCUAACUAUGCAUGGCCCCCUCCAGUCAUGCCUGGCAAUUCUAACUGGCAGCAACGAGGUAUGUCAUCUUCUGUGCCAGGAUAUUCCAAUGGAUUUAUGGUUACCCCAGAUCAUAGCCAAGGGAUGCAAUUUUUGGGUAUGGUUCCUCAGCAAACUUCUCAGUCUUUGUAUGGGGUUCCUGUUUCUGGUUCACGAAGUUCAAAUGCAUUCUAUCAGAACAAUACCGAUAAAUCUGGAAUGCUUCAGGUUCCAACUCCCAGUACUUUUUCCGGAAAUCAAUAUGGUUCACUUGCAGAGCAGAUGAAUGUGAAGGAUGGAAAUAUGGUCUCCAGAUAUGGAUCUGAUGGAAAAAUAUCUUUUGAACAGGCUUCUAGUCAGCAUAUGGGACAUGAGGUUAAUUCGGGAGGCCUGACUCAGGUGCAGCAGAGGAAUAUGCCGAUGUCUGAACGUGGUGGACAAGGAUUUUCUGGGGUUUCAGACAUGCUAACUGAAAAAUCUGUAAAUCAGUGUUCUUCGCAGACUAUUGGUUUAGAUCCAACUGAAGAAAAGAUUUUGUUUGGCAAUGACGAUAAUACUUCUAUUUGGGACGCAUUUGGUGAAGAAUCACUUGCAGGUAGUGGGGAUGCCACAGAUCUCCUCAAUGGCUUUUCUUCGGUACAAAGUGGGACCUGGAGUGCUCUGAUGCAGUCUGCUGUUGGAGAAACCUCUAGUACUGAUGUAGGGAUGCAGGAAGAAUGGAAUGGUCUAGGCUCUCAGAACUCCAGAUCACAAUCUGGCAGUCAGCAUCCUUCAUUUACUCACGCUAAUGAGAAAUCACGACGGAAUUUGGUUGACAGCUCCCAGAGAGGCUCACUGGGUUCCCAACCUGGCACCAGUAAUGUGAGCACAUAUAAUGCAAACACAAAUCCUAAUUAUGUGAACAGUUCUGGGCAACAGCAGCCAUUUCCAAAUCAAAAGAAAGAAUAUCUACAAACAGAAAGUAUGAAUGCACAUGAAGGAAGGAGAUGGUUGGAAAUUAGUCAGCAGAAGUCACAUGCAGAGCAGAAGGGGGUGGUUGAAAAUUCUAAUACUUCUAGAGAUUGCUCCAGGGCGGAUGUUGGCUUUUGGAGCCAUCAGCAGAAUACAUUUUUGCAUAACAAUGUUCAACAAUCUAGUCGACCAAAUGCUUCAAAUUUCAUUGGAUCUGCGCCAGAAAAUGGAGGUAUAUCCUCUAGCUACCAAAAUAACUUGCUUGAGAAAGAUCAUAACAUGCAGAUAUACAUGGAUACAGGUCCUGGUUCUGCUUCAAGGCUUGAUCCUGUUCCAAAUUCUACUAUUAAAAUGGAUGGUGGAUUUGUCAAUCCAAAAGAUGAUACUGGUGCACCGGGUUUGAGCAACAUGAAAGUCAACCUUGAAUCUGGCCAAAAACUUCCUAAUAGUUAUCAUCUUGAUUUUUGGAAACCAGUUAAUUCUGGAAAAUCUGGAUUGGAGGGUUCUGUAAGGGACCGUCAUAAUUUGAGUAAAGGACCUCCUAUCUUGGAAUCUUCAGAUAAUAGCCCUGAUGGUGGAGCUGUUGAGAUGCAUGAGUCAGAAAAUAGUGAUAGAAGGGAGAGUUCCAGUGAUAGCCACCGCAGCAGUUUUCCUCAUAAUGCCUCAGUUGGUGUUUCGAGAGAGAAUAUGUGGUCGAAUUCUGCUGAUCGACGUAGUUUUUCCGGAGGCAAAGAGAAGCCAUCAGAUCAGACUGGCAAAAGAGGACUGGUAGCCCGGAAAUUCCAGUAUCAUCCCAUGGGAGAUGUGGAUAUGGAUUUAGAUUCUUCUCAUCCAGAAAAACAAGUUUUGCUUUCACAGUCCAUGGCUCAGCUCUCUGCAGGAAUUAGAGGCCAAGAGUUGAACCCAAGAUUUCAUGGUUCAUUGAACACUAACAUCACUGAUAUGGAGAAGGGUCGGACAUCUAAUUUCCAAGGACCUGGUAAUGCUUCUCGUGGAGUAUCAUCCGGUGGUUUUCAUCCUGGCUUCUUGCCUAAUAUCUCUUCCCAAUUUUUGAGAUCCAGUGAAAUUUCUUCUUCAAACCAACAAAUACCUACUAGCCAGAAUAUGCUUGAGCUUCUUCACAAGGUUGAUCAAUCCAAGGAGCAAAGUUUAUUGUCUGACAUACCUAGCCAGGGUCAGUUUCCCACAUCUCAUGGUUUUAGCUUACAACUGGCUCCUCCUUCUCAGGCAAUUGCAUCUUCGAAUCUUAAUGAUGCUUUUCAAAACUCCUCAAGAACUGUUGAUUCCCCUAGUUCAGGUCAUGUAGCUUCUGAAAUGGGAGAUAAAACACAUACAUGGUUGGCGUCUGUGUCAUCUGCUCAUUGUUUACCCUCUCCACUUCAACCAACUCCAUUGGAAUCUGGGAAUGAAUCUGGUGGGUUGGGAAACAAGGAUGCUGAUGUUGUAGUUCCUAACUUUAAAGAGAAUCGUUCUGCUCGCUUAUCAUCUAGUUCCAGUUUGAGUAGCCCUCUUACAAAUCAGCACUUGACUACUCCUGGUGGAAAGUUGCCAAGUGAUCAAUCUGCUACAGUGUCUUUUAAUAGGCAUGCUUACCAUGACCAGCAAUUAAGUGGAAUGCAGCCUCAGGCUAUAACUAAUCACACUGCUGGUAAUUCACACAAUUUGUUGUCUGGGAGGGAUAUCAAUCAACCGGGGAUGAGUGCUUUGAUGCGUCAAAUGCCUGCCUCGCUUCAUGCUGUUAUGGCUGGGAUGCCUAGGAAGGAUAACCUGUCACCUCUAGGAUCUAAUCUUUGGACUUCUCAACAACAAUUGUUAGGUUCCCCUGCUUUUAAAGCUCCUGAGAUGAUCAAGUCUCAGUUUCACUCACCUGAUGCUUCGGAAACUUCUUUCACCCAACAGAAGAAAGAUGAGCAAGAUGUUCCCAUAAGAGUUGAUUCUUCAAGUUCUCUAGGUACUGGAGUUAGGGAGUCCCAAACAGCAGAAGCACCUUCCGUAAAGAAAUCUGGUGUUUCUUUGGAAGAACCUUCUGUGAGGCGUCUACAGGAUGUGUCUCCAAAUAAUAAUGCUCAUAACAGCUACUCUUUGCUGCAUCAAAUGCAAAAUAUGAGGAAUAUAGGUUCUGAUCCAAGCCACCGGGAAUCAAAGAGAUUGAAGGGACAUGAUGAUGGCCUUGAUCCACAACUAGGCGAUCAAAAUACUUCUUUUCAGCUACCACAUGAAAGUGUUCCUUCCCAGGAUUCCCCCUCAUUUGGUCGUAAUGAUCCUCAGAAAUCUGUGACUGCUAAUGUCACUUGUCGGUCUGAGAAUACUGGCAUUAGUCCACAGAUGGCCCCAUCCUGGUUUGAGCGUUAUGGAACUUUCAAAAAUGGCCAGUUGUUACCAGGGCAUAAUGUGCCAAGAAUUCCUAUGCUGAAGAAUGUGGAACAGCAGUUUACUGCUGCUAUGACAGAGGGUAGUCAAAUUGUUAAUACUUGUGAAGCUGCAAAAUCACAUAUUCCAAGUGAGCAUGUUUCUUCUCUACAUGCAUCUGUCACUCAUGUCUGUGCUUCAAGUUUAUUGUCUGCAAGGACCAAGAAGCGGAAGACCGCUACAUCAGAUCUUCUUCCAUGGAAUAAAGAAAUAGGUCAGAGUCUCAAGAGGCUUCAAAACAUGAGUUCGGCAGAAGUAGACUGGGCUCAUUCUUCCAAUCGAUUAAUUGAAAAGGUUGAAGAUGAUACUGACAACAAUGAAGAUCUAUUGCCAACAAUUAGACCAAAAAGAAGACUACUCUUAACAACUCAACUUAUGCAGCAAGUGUUUCAACCCCCUUCAGCAACUGUUCUAUCACUUGAUGCAAGUUCCGACUAUGAAUACAUUGUAUACUCUCUUGCAAGAUCUGUAUUAGGUGAUGCAUGCAACCUAGUUUGUGGCGUGGAUAGUAAUUCAGCAGUUGAAAAUGGAAAUCCCCUCUGUGGGAAGGUCAAAUCUUCAGAAAGAAUACAAGAUCAAUACUUCUCAAAAGCUGUGGAAGAUUUUGUAACUAGGGAAAAGGAGCUGGAAAAUAAUUUAUUAAGAUUGGACAAGCGUGCAUCAAUUCUGGACUUCAGACUAGAAUGCCAGGAUCUAGAGAGGUUUUCUGUUAUUAACCGUUUUGCAAGGUUUCAUGGUCGAGGUCAAGCUGACGGGACCGAGAAAUCAUCAUCCUCUGAUGCAACUGCAACAGUUCUCAAACCUAUUCCACAGAGAUAUGUUUCUGCUCAUUCCAUGCCUAGGAAUGUUCCUGAGAGGGUACAAUGUCUUUCGCUUUGAUCAUGAUUGAUAAAUUGAUUUUCCUUCUAAAUGGGUCUAUUGUCUUCACAUCUCCCCUAAUUUUGCAUAAAAGUUCUAUUUCCCGCACAUGGCACUGCCCUGAUGAAGAUGGUGGAGAAGUCUAUAGACAGUAAGAUUGCCUCGGAAAAUCGAGGCUGUUCUUAUCAAAUCUAAGGCAAUUACGUUAUUCUUGAUAAAAUUGAAGUCAUUGUAAAUCUUCUUUCAAAUGGUAAAGCCGUAAAGGUUAAGUUGCUCCCGCCUAUGUUGUAAUACAUUGGGAAAACGAAAGUCCAUCGUUGUAGAAGUGGUUAAAAAGUAGAGUUUAAGGUUAGGAAAUUGAUAUGUAUGCUUGUUCGGGUGCCUCUCAAGUAAAAUUCUUGGUCAGUUCACGGUGCUUGGAUUUCGAGCCCUGAACUUGGGAUUCAUUUUCCUUUCCAUUCCCCUCUCGUCCGAUUUUUUUUCUUACUCGUAUAAAAUUUUUGCUAGUUCCUAGUUAUGAUGGAUUAGACCCUGGUGAUGGAUGCUAAGAUUUUGUUUAUUGUAAAGAGUAAAGAAAAGACGCAAUUUGGGAGGAAUGGAGAAAUGGAUUAGUUCUACUGAUUACUGAAUACUGAUGCUAACAUUCAUGCUACUGCUGUUGUAUGUAAAGAAUUUGAAUUUGAAUAUGAAUGUAUCAUUUCUCAUUUCCAA